AUGGGAGUUAUAUUUCUUGUGUGUGCGCUGCUGAUUGCGCUGGUGUUUGCUGCUGCCUGGUGGAGUGUACAUCGAGUGCCUUUCUUCCACAUAAAGGGUUGCUGUGCGUUGGUAACUGGUGGGAGUUUGGGCAUCGGUUUGGAAACGGCGAAGCAACUCGUCAAACUGGGCGCACGAGUUGUAAUAAUUGCCGCGAGAAAUGAACAGUCGCUGAGGGCCGGUGUUGAGGCACUUCGAGUAGAGGCCAAAGUAACCGGUACGAAAGUGGAAUACGUCGUUAUGGACGUCGCCGAUGAGGUUUCAGUGGAGCAAGCGAUGGAUAAAGUGUCGAAGGAUGUUACUGCUGCUGGGGGGAAAUGUCUUGAUCUUCUCGUAUGCAAUGCAGGUUUCUCUAUUCCCGCUCGGUUUGUGGACAUUACUCCUGCAGAGGCACGAAGGAUGAUGGAUGUCAAUUUUUUCGGUUGUGUAAAUGUUUUGCGCAUGGUUCUGCCCUCCAUGCUUGAGCAACGUGCCGGACGCGUUGUAUUUGUGAGCAGCCUUGCGGCCCGCUGCCCACUUGCCGGGUAUUCCGUUUAUGCCGCAUCAAAGGCUGCUAUUCGGGCCUUUGCCCACAGCAUGGAUAUGGAAAACAGCUGCCGUGGCGUCCGGUUCCAGGUGAUUAGUCCACCUGAUGUCUACACGCCCGGCUUCGAGCAGGAGAAUAUUCGAAAAAGUCCGGAAUGCACUGCGCUUUCUUCCUUCGGUGGCGAUGAACCUGUUACCGCAUUGGAUAUGGCAAAACAAAUUGUCGACAGCAUCAAACACUAUCGUUUUGACGUAAGCUUGGGUGUUGACAAGCAAUUGCUUUGUUGGAUGGUUGCGGGUGUGGAACCGGCCACUGAUGUGCUGGAGCUUCUUCUGCAAGUUCUUCUUAACGGUUGGCUACGUUUAGCCAUGGCGGUGCUCUCAAAACUGCAUUACAACAUCGUGUGGCGAGUCCGUAAGGAUGACGAGAAGCCGAACGAAACGUCGACAAAGGAAUCAGAGAGGGGUAAAAAAGUCAUGUAA